AUGAAAUUUCGAAUACCGAAAGAAGUAUUUUCCAAGCUUUUCGCAGAGACGCAACCCAAAGUCUUGAAAGGUCCAAACACUGAAAAAAAUGAAAGCAAGCUUUCUCUUGACCGCAAACAAGAAAGCGACCAAAAAGCCCCAACGAUGAAAGACUCGACGCAAAAUUCUCCAAAGUCCAUCGACGGCAUCAUUCAACCCAAAGCCGCAAACGAUGGCACAUAUUUCUCGCCCGAGCUACCGAAUCUCGUGAUCACGGACGAAGAUACCUUUGACCAAGCCAUGGGUAAAUGCAAGUUCCAACUUGAACAACAGCUUAUGAAAGACGAAUUGGACCAUCCAGUUACCGUAGAAAUCUUCAUGGCAAUGGGACGCCUCUUUCGAAAACAUGGAAGACUGGACGGAGCGUCAGCAAUGCAUCAGAAGGAUCUUGAAAUGAGCUUGCGAACUAUGGGAUCGGACUAUGUAUAUACAGCCAGUGCCUGUUUUAAGAUGGGGCUUGUUUUGGAAGAGCAAGGCGAGUUGGAGAAAGCACUAGCACUGUACCAAAAGGCGUUGGACAAUGACCCGAAGGUUCCUGACCAUGAGUUGACAGCGGAUAUUUGCAAUAGCAUGGGAACUGUUUUAGAAAAGCAAGGCCAACCAAUGAGAGCAAUGGGGCUAUACAAAAGAGCGCUGGAUAUUCGGUUGAAGGCCUUUGGACCCGAUGAUAGCAGAACAGAAGAAACUUACAACAAAAUGACAAAUGUUUUGCACAAUCAAGGUAGACUUGGAAAAGCGGUUUCAAUGUCCCAAAAGGCAGCAAAGCGUGAGAAGAAAGGUAAACUAAAAGAGGCAAUGGAGCUUUACCAGAAUACUCUGGGAAUUCGAUUGGAGAUUCUUGGAAAGAACCAUUUGGAUACAGCAAAAAUGUACGCCAGCAUUGCAGUUCUAUUGGAGAAACAAGGCAAACUGGAGGAGGCGAUUACAAUGCAUGGAAAUGCAUUAGACAUUCGAUUGCUACUUCGACCUGACCAUGAAGAUACAGCAAGGACGUACAACGCUAUGGCAAACAUCAACCAUGUGCAAGGCAAGCUGGAUACUGCAUUGGCACUGUACAAAAAUUGCCUGAAUAUUGAAUUGAAAACCCUUGGUAAGGAUCACAGAAGAACCGGAAACACGUGCACCAAAAUUGCACGAAUCCUUGACAACCAAGGCGAAAAAGAAGAGGCUUUGAAGAUGUACCAACUUGCAGCCGAUAUUCAACUGAGGACCGGACCUGAUCAUUACGUAACAGCAGUCACCUUGUCCAUCACGGCAGAUCUCCUGAAAGACCUAGCGAAAUUCGACGAAGCGGUGGCAACCUACCAGAAGGGGCUAGACAUCUACUUGAAGACUGUUGGAGUAGAACAUAGUGAUACAGCAGAUACCUACAAAAAUAUGGCAACUAUUCUACGAAAGCAAGGCAAACUAGAGGAAGCGAUGGUGCACCACAACAAGGCGCUAGAUAUUCAAGUUAAGGUUUUUGGACCUGAACAUCGAGAUUUGGCACAAGCCUACACCAAAAUGGCAUCUAUACGUUUCGAUCAAGGCCAGCUAGAGGAAGCGUUGACCCUAUAUCACAAGGCACUCAACAUUCGAUUGGCUACAAUUGGACCUCAUCAUCUAGAGACAGCUAAAACCUUCAGUAACAUUGCUGUCGUCCUUCAGAAUCAGGGAAAAUUGGAGGAAGCGACGGAACUAUACAGAAGGGUGCUCGACAUUCGAUCGAAAGCGCUUGGACCGAACCAUCAAGUAACUGCAAUGACCUACACGAACAUUGCAUCUCUCCUCCAGAAUCAGGGAAAAUUGGAGGAAGCAAUGGUAGUGCACGACGAGGUGUUAUCCAUUCGAUUGCAGACGCUAGGACCAGAGCAUGCAGCUACAGCACAGACAUAUAGCAGCAUGGCAUUUAUACGAGACAGUGAAAUGGAGUCAGAGGAAGCAUUGACUCUAUAUCACAAGGCGCUGGAGAUUCGAUUGAAGACUCUUGGAAAAUUUCAUCCGUUGACGGCAAAUACGUACAAAAAUAUUGCCAAUGUCUUCCAUCGACAGAACAAAUUGGAUGAAGCAAUGACACAGUACCAGGAGGCUCUGGAGAUUCGAUUGAAGGCACUUCAACCAGAUCAUCUCGACACAGCAAGUACUUACAGUGAAAUGGGAUUUACACUGUCCAAGCAGGGGAAGUUCGAGGAGGCAAUGGAAAUGUGCCAGAAGGCAUUGCAAAUACAACUGAGAGUUUGUGGAUCAGGCCAUGAGGAUACAGCUCACACUUACCAAAGCAUUAGUCAGAUUUUCUUUAUGCAAGGCAAGCUUGAAGAAGCGACCACUCAUGGUCAGAAUGCUCUUGAUACCUUUUUGGCACUCUUUGGCCGUGAUCACCCGUAUACUGUCGAGGCUAACGAGCUUAUGCAAUCGAUAGAAUCAAUGUCGAAGGAAAACAGCCUGAAGCAGAUCAAGGUUCCAGCAUCGAGGAACCAGUAUAUUCAUGCCUAG